CAUCUGUUCCCGCUCUUUCCAUUUCCCUCUCAUACUAUAUCUUAUACAGUAUAUAUAUUACUCCUCUACACCACAGCCCUUUCAAAAAAAAAUCCUUACACAAAAAAACACAUCUCCAUAAUCAUCAUCUCUCUUUCUUCUUCUUCUUCUUCUUCUUCUUCUUUCAUUUCUCUGCAAUUCUUGAAAACCCUUUACUCCAACAAAAAAAAAAAUGACAAAAAUCGACGCUCUUCGUCGAUUCCUUCUCCCUUGUUUCAACUCAACACCAACCUCCCCAACACCACCCCAACUCACCAUCCACACAAAAAAACGUCUAAGCACUUCUUUACGUGACGAUCUUGAAAAUAAACAGGAAAAAAACUCACCAUCAGAAAAUCAAGAUUCUUCAUACCCCACCACCCCAACUACCCGUACCCCCAGUGCCACGUCACUCUCUACUGCACCACCACGUUCAUCCAAAACAAUGGUCAUUGGUACAAUAUUCGGUCAACGACGUGGUGGACACGUAUGGUUUUGUGUACAACAUGAUAGACUCAACACUAAACCUUCACUUCUUUUAGAACUUUCUAUUCCAACAACUACACUUAUUCAAGAAAUGAAAUGUGGACUAGUACGUAUUGCACUUGAGUCAUCAACUGAUCAUAACUAUGAACUUAAUAACUGUCCACUUCAUUUAAUACCAAUGUGGACUUUGUUUUGUAAUGGAAGGAAAAUAGGGUUUGCGGUUAAAAGACGGGUGAGUCAACAGACUAGAAUGAUGCUUAAAACAAUGCAGAAUAUGACAGUCGGGGCGGGUGUGAUACCAUCGGGUUUUGUUUCGGGUCAAGAAUGUACUACUACUGAAGAAGUGUUGUAUAUGAGAGCUAACUAUGAAUGUAUUAUUGGUGGUGCUGAUUCUGAGUCUUUUCAUUUGAUUAACCCGGAUGAGGGUCCGGGUCAAGAAUUUAGUAUUUUCUUGCUAAGGUCCAAGUGAGGAAAAAAUGAAUAUUAUUACCAUUUCUUGGAAAUACAGAAAAUUUUUGGGUUUUCUGUUUUUUUUUUUUUUUGGGUCAAAAGGGGUUUUCUUGUCAACGUUCAAGUUCCAAUCUUAGAGGAUUUUUCAAUAGUUUGGGGAAAGGACAGCUUUUUGUAAAGAAAGCUAAUUUUUAUAAUUAUUCCUUUUACUUUUUUCAAGUUUAGCUUAAUCUAGUUUAGGCCAUUCUUUUUUCUAGAACUCUUGGGGUAUGAGAAUAUGUAGCACAAGAAAUGUUAGCAAUGUAUGAGAAAAGAGAUAGUUUUGGCAUAGGAUAUUAUAUUCUUCUGUAUGAUGUUAAUUCCAAUAUGAUAGAGGAAUUGAGUUCCUUCGUUGGCUACUUAUUGUUCUUUCUUAUUAGUAUCUGUGUUUCAUCGGAAGGAUAUGGUUCUGCUCGUUAAAUUAUUUGCUGAAAGUUAUUGCUAGAUAAUGUAUAAACAAAGUUGUGAGGAUUCCUCAUAAUUUGUUUAGGAAGAUUAUUUAAAUAUACUUAGGUGAUCAGUCUGAUUCAAGCAAAACGGGUUUUCAUGUCACUGGUGCUGUAAGUUCAAGUUCCAAUUUUUGAGGAGUUUUCAAUAGUUUGUGGAAAGGACGGCUUUUUGUAAAGAAAGCUAGUAAUUAUUUUAAUAGUCCUUUUAACUUUUUUCAAGUUUAGCUUAAUCUAGUUUAGGCCAUUCUUUUUUGUUCUUUUUUAAGAACUGUUGGGUUAUGAGAAUCUGUAGCACAAGAAAUGUCAGCAAUGUAGUAUGAAAAAAGAGUUGGUAGUUUUUUUUUUUUUGGGCAUAGGAUUAUUAUAUUCUUCUGUAUGAUGUUAAUUCUGAUAUGACUGAAGCAAUGAGUUUCUUCUUUUGCUACUUAUAUUUCUUUUUUAUAUGUUUCUUCAGAAGAAUACGGUUCUGCUUUGCUAAACUUAUUGCAAGAUGCUUAAUUUAUAAACAAUAUAGUGUGGGUUCCUCAUAAUUUGUUCUGGAAGAUUAUUUAAUAUACUUGAGUGAUUAGUCUGAUUCAAGCAUAUAAUUGA